AUGGCGAAUGCACGAGUGGACCCUUUAACUGAUCCGGUUACCACUGCAGCUGUCGUCACCCUUCUCCCUGUCCUGCCCGAUGGCAUACCCCUCCGCACCCUUACUCUCUCCCGAGAUAACCCUGCCGUCUUGAUUGGUCGAUCCUCGAAGCGUGAAGAGAAGAACCGGAUUCCGGACAAGCAGAAUGCGUGGUUUGAUUCCCGUGUCAUGUCUCGAGAUCACGCAAAGUUGAGCAUCGGUCUGGACAAGAAGGUUCGUUUUCUAUCUUCAUUCUCGCGACACCCUACUAAGCUGGCUGUGUAUAUCUGCGAUUACGGCUCCACACACGGGACCUGGUUGAACAACGCCCGGCUUACCCAGGAUGAGCAGACCCCCCUGCUCGCCGGCGAUCAUCUUCGAUUUGGCCUCGUUGUGGAUCGUGGGGAUGGCACUGAUUUGACUACAGAGGUCUUUCCUGCCUUGGAGGUCUACUGCAGAAUUGAAUACGUCGAUACUCGGUAUGGAUUCGCAUCCAUUCGACUUGCCCGCUUAAAUGCUAACGUUAUGGCACUUCCACCCAGUGACCAUAGCCCCCCUGUGCCCCGAUCGAAGAACACGUUUUGUGUGCCCGAGGAUGACGACGACGACGAGGAAGACGACGAUGCUUAUGUGCAAAGUGAUGUGCUUAGUGAAUCGGAAUCAUACUCAAAGGAGCCUGCACGUGCCCCUGUGAGCGAGGCCAUGACUCCAACCUCUUUGCUGAGUGUGCAUGCAAGUGGGGAGGAGAACAAGCGUUCGAAAUCCUCUGACACUGAUCAUGUGGACUUGCCGGUCAAGGAUGCCAAAUCAUUCUCGGUAGACGACAUAAAUAUCUCCCUCCCAACCCUUCAGAUUGACCCACUUACACUUCACUGGCAAGAUUCUCUUCAUUUGACCCAGGCAGCACUCGAGUUGCGAUUGUCUAAUCUUGACUGGGAAUCGAUUAGUGAAUGUUUGGGCGUCAUGUGGUUUGUUCACGACCCGAUUAGAUGCAUGCGCUACUUUUUCAAGCUCUCCAAGUACAUCCCAGUCCCCGACCAAGGGUUCCAGGACUGGUUGAUUAGGCGACCACAGCACGAGUACAUCAUCGAACUGAUCUCUGAAGACUUGAAAGCCUUUCCACAACCGGUUGACACAGCCCGGAAGACAAUACAUCGAACCCGUCAAUGCUCUGUAUCACAGGAACAGUACUGGUUGGAAAGCUCCCCAGAUUUCAAGCCCAUCAAUGGCACUGAAUGUUUCCUGGAGUUGAAAAGUGAAUUGGACGACAUCGAUACCAUGGAACCAGUCUUCGAACGUGAGCCAGGACAGAAACUCACUUACUGGGUCGUCGAUACACGGAAGUACUGGGUCUUCAACGAAAUGGCAGAUGAGCUCACCUCCGGAACCAACUGGUGGAUUGUAGAAAAGCCACGAGAGGUUCUUAGCGAGGAUGUCAGAACUCAGCUUGAUAACGAUGUGCCCCCAGAUGAUUGUCACAAGUCCUGGAUUGUGAAAAUCUGGGAGCCUUCAAUGAUCAGAAAUCAGUGGUGCGAGCUUGCUCCUUACUGGGACACGAGUUUCAAGGCACUUCUCUCGGAGAAGUUGGAUGAUUCCUUUUCGGGAGACGAACAAGUCCCAUACGAUAAAGCAAGUGAUUCAGACUCUGCUGUAUCCAGUGCUAGACCUGUAUCUGGGGAUGAAGACUCUGCAUCGAGUCUUUCGGACUCUGAGGAUGAUGAAUUUGACGAGGAAGAAGACGACGAGUCUGACUCAGAUCAAACAUCCGAAGCUGAAUUCAUUUCUGAAGUCAUUUCUUUGGUUGAGCCUGAUGAGAACUUCGUCAAUCCUACGGAAUUGACAUCAAAGAGCGAGAUCUCGCUUGCGGAAAUCAAAGAGCACAUUAACCACAGUGCUGAUUCUGAUUCCGGUUCUCGUCUACCGAUGGCGCCACUUUUACUUCGGGAGAAGAAGGUCGAACUUACGACAGAUUCUGACAUUUUACCUACUAUUGACAACUCUACGCCCGCCCCCUACCAUGAUGGACCAUUUAUCAACUCUUCCAAUCCUUGGAUUGAGGAGCAUGACAACGCCCCCAGCCCAUCAGGUGAUGACUUCAUGACAGGUGCUGCCAAGUCAUCCCUAAAGAGAGGGGCCUCUGAAAUAGAGGACAUUCUGUCUGUGCCAGUACCACAGAAGGGCCAAAUGGUGACAAGCACCCAAGACUCUUCCUUCGAGGAUGCUCAGCGGCUUGCAUCCUUCUCCAGUGGUUCCCAGCAGUCAAGCCUCAACACAAUUCCGGAACCCGAAGUAAUUGAAGCAAUUAACUCAGCUUUGGCGGAGCGCGAGCCAAGCGAGCCACCAAGGAAGCGAACCAAGUUGUCACCGUCUCCAUCUCCAUCUCCAUCUCCAUCAAACGGAAGCGGCCUAGCAAGCCACGCAAAAACCGCAGUCAUCAGCGCCAUGCUUGGAGGGCUCGGUACUAUUGCGCUUCUGGCUUCCCUCCCAUCGGAAUACUUCCAGUAG